AUGUUAUGCAGUCAAUCAUGUUUAAGGCACUCCUGGUGUACCUCUACUAACUUCAUCGAGUCCUUUGGGAAGAGCGGUACUGAAGGCAAUUGUGAACUGCAAACGCACGAGUUCUUCUCAAUAAACGAUGACACCAAGCUUAUUGAUCAACCUGGCGCCACGUUUUCAAUGUUUCUUAAGGUAAGACAACUAGCAUCAUUUGCUUAAAUAAUAAGUAAAAACUCCAUGAACUCCGUUAAAAAUUAAUACAGCUCUCUUGUGUAUAAUUAAGUAGAAUGUAAGACCUAGAUUUGUUAGUUUUGUUUAGCGAUGCGUCUGUGAAUGAGCUCAACUCAAAGGACCAGAUUUCCUACAAGAGUCAACUGAAUGAGUUUUUUUUCUCUAAUUUAUUCUUAAAUUGCUGCGAUAAGAAAUAUCAUCAUAUCCACGUCGCCUUGACUCCAAUAGGAGUACGUGUUGCACCUGUUUAAAUUGUAAGAAAUGUGGCUUAGACGCACAAGAAAUAAAUUUAAGACGAGUGCAAUGCAAUUGAAACUUAGAGUAAAAAGGGAAACAGCUGACAGCUUAUCUAAAUUAAAAAAAGACAACUGCGUAAUUUAAGUCUAAGUUGUAGGCGUAAAAUACUUCCUACUUCAGGGUCUCAGCUUGUGAGGAUGGGCGGAAAGGAAAGCGACCGCGGAAAAAGAAUGAAAGGAAGACUGCCGAAAACGACUUUGAACUUGCCUAUUUCGUCUUAUCGCUAUCGAGGCUUAUUGCUUUCUGGAGCUGUAAUGCUAACUGCAUACCACCUGCAGGCAAUUUGAGACUCCCAAAUCAAGCGCGCUUAUCACGCAAGCCGUCUCAUCAACGACGUUUAUAAAGGGUCACUGUUUAUACUAAGAGUGUUGACCCUUUCAGUCAAAACGGACCAAUCAGGCGGUAAUCCAGGCGCUGUCCCUGGUUUACAAAAACAAGAGCUCUCUUUCACCGCGGCAAAACCAUAGAAAUUUGCUAAAGUUAGGCAAAGCACUUCAAAGCUAAGCUUAAGACGUUCUCUGUUCAAAGUUUGACACGUUAAUUUAUAAAAGGUUUUGGAAGGUUUUACUAAUUAAAAAAGGUUUUAAGUGUUCGAAAACUGUCAACAACAUUUUUUUACUAUGGCGCGAAGAUAAAAACGAUACAAAGCCAGGAGCAAGUAACCCUGAAAAAGCCCGUUAUUUUAAGCCAAAGGAAACGAAUGGACACAGGGUCCAGAGGAGUUUCGUGUGAAAAAUGUCUAUGCCUGUCGCUUAGCACGAUCAAUUAGCCCAAUGGGAUCUUAAUGAAUCAACUGUAAACGAUUUCUUCGCUUCUUAUCUGACCCAGAUCGACUUCGUUGUUCACCAUUUUGAAAAUCAAUAACCGCAAGCCAUAUCCUCGCUGGGGCAAGGAACGUCGCCCGAUUGGUUUGCGGUCAAUAGAAUGAGUAACGAAACUGUAACGCGAUCAAAAUAACCCAUUUUUUCAGAGGUUUUCGACGGGUUUUCAUGUCUAACGACAAACACAUCUCCUCUGGACCCUGUGGAGUGGACAGGCCCUCGCGCCGCCCUGUCCCCCGCCAGUCUUCGCCAGCUUCAUUUUCUUGCUUUUUUUUUCGCUCGUCCCGACAAAUGUUUAAGCGUACACGGGCCAAAAAAAACGAAAAGGUUAGGGGUAUCGAGAAUGGAAAAAAACAUAUCAGGGAUUUAUGGUAACACGUCAGUGUUACAUUUUCUUCAGGGCUGCCUACUGACAGGAUGCCUUAAUGGCGGUUCUUGCGUCUUCAACGAAGAAAAAGAGACGUUUGCUUGCGCAUGUAAAGUGCCAUGGAGUGGAGAAAAAUGCGAACUGGGUAAGACUGUAGUUCUUCUUCUUAAUUUUCUGUUAUGAACAAAAGAAAAUCUGAUUCCCGGAGAUUUUACGACAGUUUGAAGAGUUUAAAACUUACAAAAUUUACAAGUUUUGCAUGGAAAACCACUCAGCCCUGAUCGAGUGGCAAGAGUUAUUUUCCCAUACAAAUCCUUCUUAUUUUAGGCGGCCGAUGCAAUCGCUACUUUCGAGCAGUUCCUGGUAAAAUCCUUUUUUCCAAAAGAAUUGUUUUCAUGUUUACAGAAACAGACUGUGGAAAUUUCUUUCAGAUAACUGGAAGAAGAUCAACAUUGCCCCAGUCUGCUUUGGAGCACGUAAUGACUCGUAUGGAACCUUCCACAUCACAGAGAGUGGCCUCAUCAAUACGUUUAAACUGGUUCAUAUCAACGGGUCAGUUUUAUGUUCAGAAGAUGUUCUACCGUCCUAUUGGGGAUGCAACCAUACAAAUUACGGGAACACGACACUGCUUACCGUAAUAACGUUCCAGAACAGGACAGCCCUUUGGCUCGCGGAUUACAAAACGAGCGGGCCGCGUAAAUGUCAAUACUCAUACGGGAUCAAAGGGACAGGUGUAAACGCGACCGAACUCGUGUUUAACGAGCUUCCAUCUCCAAUAUCCGCGUUUGUUGGACAGGAGUUUCAAAUUUGGUUUGGACAGGACCUUGCGAAUUGUACAGAGGACAAUAACAGCGGUCAGACUUGUGUUGAUGUUUAUGCAUUGUACGCGUCUACACGCUAA